AUGGAUUCCAAUUUGGAGUACAUAUACGAGCAGUAUGUUGAGUCCUUCGACGGCUCGUCGGACGACGAGUACUCCGGUGAGACGGCGAUCCUCGAAGACGCGGAGCGUGCAGAGGAGCAUGUUCUCAAUUUCAAGGGCUUGAUCAAGGGUCAUCGAGUGCUCAACCGCAACAGGGCGCACAGACAUUUGACACCGAUGGUCGACUACUUUGCCCCUGAUGCGCUAUUCGCUGACCAUUUUCGUCGAUGUUUUCGAAUGCGCAAGACUGUCUUCGAUCGUUUGUACCAUGGCAUCCGGUCUUACGAUGAGUACUUCAUCCUGAAGAAGGACGCCAUGGGAACGAUUGGCUUCUCUGAUUACCAGAAAUGCACGGCCACACUCCAGAUGCUUGCAUAUGGCACGGACGCUGAUUCGUGGGACGAGUACCUACAGAUGCCUGAGAGCACAUGCGAAGAUGCCAUGCUCAGGUUUGCAACUGUCGUGGUUGAGGUGUUCGGACCUCAGUACCUGAGAGAACCAACUGUGGAAGACACCGAGAGGCUCCUGGAAAUCUCAAAAACAAGAGGGUGCCUUGAUUUGCUUGGAUCUCUUGACUGCAUGCAUUGA